UUAAUUUAUUACCCGAGGAAAUAUUUAUUGUAUACAGUAACUAUUGUACUCAAUAAAACAAGACAUGGCUGGGACUGCCAAGAAAGUUAUCUAUGUGUACAAAGGACUAGGGGCCUUGGAAGAAAACUGUAAAGUUCUGAAGUCACAGUUGAUGCGAUUUGUCAACCCUCGAGUGCAUUCCGUUCAAUUUAUUACUCCAGAGGAAACAAUCAUUGGUAGUUGGUGUGACUCUGCAGCCCUGUAUGUGAUUGGGGGAGGGUACGAUCUGGGACUUAUCGAAGCUUUAGGGCCGACAGGCAUGAACAAGAUCCAGGAGUAUGUACACCGAGGAGGCUCGUACCUAGGUAUCUGUUCUGGGGCUUACUUUGCCUGUAGUUACAUUGAGUUUGACAAAGGAGGACCCCUUGAAGUGUGUGGAGAAAGGCAGCUGAAAUUCUACCCUGGAGGUAAGAUCGGGCCUUUGUAUGGACCAUACAGAUAUAAAUCUGAAUUUGGAUCUAGGACAGCAUCAUUAAAGUGCCAGAUUCCCCAGCCAGUCGCAUUGACCAAUGAUGUUUUAUGUUCUAAUUCACCAAUCAGCGCCAAGAAUGGAUUCAAGUCUCACAAGAUGGAGGAAUUUAAAGCUUACUUUAGUGGUGGAGGAUUGUUUUAUCCUUAUCCAAAAGGGAGUUUCGAGACCAGAAAAGUCCAUGACAGUUAUCACUCAAAAAAUGGCAUUUCCAGUGAGGAGCAGACAUAUUUUAUUGAAUUGGACAAACCAGAUUUACCUACCUCAGUAAAUUUAUGUCCAGAAGAUCAGGAGUCCCAGCCUACCUCUAGUUAUGAAAGCCAAGAACAUGACGUAGAAGUUUUAUGUACUUACUCUGAACUUAAGGGGGAACCUGCAGCUAUCGUGAAGUGUAAGGUGGGGAAGGGGCAAGCAGUUCUGAGUUCUGUACAUAUAGAGUAUGACAGUCAGUGUUUAGACAGUGACAAUAUAUAUCUGAAACCCAUCAUUGAGUCUCUGAAGAAUUUCGACAUUGAACAAAGUAUAAUGUUUAGAUAUAUGUUAAAAUGCUUAGGUGUUAGUAUUAAUUUAGAUGAUAAGCAUAAAAUGUAAAGUUACAUUAGAUCAUCUGAAUAAAGGUAAAAAAAUAUCCCAAAAAAACCCUUAUUAAAGUUGGCGCUAUUUUGCCAUUUAUGAAUUUUUUAAAAAAAUAAGACUAGCAAUGGGAAUCUCUUCUCCAGUCAUCACUUUAUUAUCUAAAUAAAAUGACCUUGAAACUAAAUUAUGACAUAUUUGCAUAAGAAUGAAUAUAUUUUAGACAAUUAAAAAUUUUAUUGCCUUGUCAAAUUUAUAUAAUUCCCUUACAGACUUGAACUUUGAGUGAUUUGAUCAUGACAUAGAAGUCAAGUUUGAAGUUAUAAAUGAUAUACCAUGUUUUAGCACUUUUCCAUGAAUUUGACCUUCGAUAUAUCUUGAUCUACACGAAGGAUACAAGACAGUUACACACUGUAGUAGGUUGAAUUUAUUUCAAAUUAAAGGU